CCCGCCGCCCCCGCCGCCGCCGCCUCGCCGGGGCCAUGUUCGCGCCGGCCCUGCCCUUCGUGGCGCUCCUGGUGGCCUCGGCCGGCGGCCGCCCGGGGGCCCUGGGGCCCAAGAACGUCUCGCAGAAAGACGCCGAGUUCGAGCGCACCUACGCGGACGAGGUCAACGGCGAGCUGGUCAACAUCUACACCUUCAACCACACCGUGACUCGCAACCGGACAGAAGGUGUGCGUGUGUCCGUGAAUGUCCUGAACAAGCAGAAGGGGGCUCCUUUGCUGUUUGUGGUCCGCCAGAAGGAAGCUGUGGUGUCCUUCCAGGUGCCCCUAAUCCUGCGAGGGCUGUAUCAGCGCAAGUACCUCUACCAAAAGGUGGAGCGAACGCUGUGCCAGCCCCCCACCAAGAAUGAGUCCGAGGUCCAGUACUUCUACGUGGAUGUGUCCACCCUGUCACCAGUCAACACCACAUACCAGCUCCGGGUCAGCCGCAUGGACGACUUUGUGCUCAGGACUGGGGAGCAGUUUAGCUUCAACACCACAGCAGCCCAGCCCCAGUACUUCAAGUAUGAGUUCCCGGAGGGAGUGGACUCGGUGAUUGUCAAGGUGACCUCCAACAAAGCCUUUCCCUGCUCAGUCAUCUCCAUCCAGGAUGUCCUGUGCCCUGUCUAUGACCUGGACAACAACGUAGCCUUCAUCGGCAUGUAUCAGACUAUGACCAAGAAGGCCGCCAUCACUGUGCAGCGCAAAGACUUCCCCAGCAACAGCUUUUACGUGGUGGUGGUGGUGAAGACUGAAGACCAGGCCUGUGGGGGCUCCUUGCCUUUCUACCCCUUUGUAGAAGAUGAACCGGUUGAUCAAGGGCAUCGCCAGAAAACCCUGUCAGUGGUGGUAUCUCGGGCGGUCACGUCUGAGGCCUAUGUUGGCGGUAUGCUCUUUUGCCUGGGCAUAUUUCUCUCCUUCUAUCUGCUGACUAUCCUCCUGGCCUGUUGGGAGAACUGGAGGCAGAGGAAGAAGACGCUUCUGGUGGCCAUGGACCGAGCCUGCCCAGAAAGCGCCUCUCUCCUUGGUCACCCCCGGGUGCUCGCCGACUCCUUCCCUGGCAGCUCCCCUUACGAGGGCUAUAACUAUGGCUCCUUUGAGAACAGCUCGGGAUCUACGGACGGCCUGGUGGAUAGCACGGGCACUGGGGACCUCUCCUACGGCUACCAGGAUCGUUCCCUAGACCCUGUGGGCACUCGGCCACGCCUGGACUCCAUGAGCUCUGUGGAGGAGGACGACUAUGACACGUUGACUGACAUUGAUUCGGACAAGAAUGUCAUUCGCACCAAGCAAUACCUCUACGUGGCCGACCUGGCCCGCAAGGACAAACGCGUCCUUCGGAAAAAGUACCAGAUCUACUUCUGGAACAUCGCCACCAUCGCUGUCUUCUAUGCGCUUCCGGUGGUGCAGCUGGUGAUCACCUACCAGACGGUGGUGAACGUCACAGGGAAUCAGGACAUCUGCUACUACAACUUCCUCUGUGCUCACCCACUGGGCAACCUCAGCGCCUUCAACAACAUCCUGAGCAAUCUGGGGUACAUCCUGCUGGGGCUGCUGUUCCUGCUCAUCAUUCUGCAGCGAGAGAUUAACCACAACCGGGCCCUGCUGCGCAAUGACCUCUACGCCCUGGAAUGUGGGAUCCCAAAACACUUUGGCCUGUUCUAUGCCAUGGGCACAGCCCUGAUGAUGGAGGGGUUGCUUAGUGCCUGCUAUCAUGUCUGCCCCAACUAUACCAACUUCCAGUUUGACACGUCGUUCAUGUACAUGAUUGCCGGGCUGUGCAUGCUGAAGCUCUACCAGAAGCGGCACCCAGACAUUAACGCCAGCGCCUACAGCGCCUACGCCUGCUUGGCCAUCGUCAUCUUCUUCUCCGUGCUGGGUGUGGUCUUCGGCAAAGGAAACACAGCAUUCUGGAUAGUCUUCUCCAUCAUUCACAUCAUUGCCACCCUGCUCCUCAGCACACAGCUCUAUUACAUGGGCCGCUGGAAGCUGGACUCCGGGAUCUGCCGCCGCAUCCUCCACGUGCUCUACACAGACUGCAUCCGGCAGUGCAGCGGGCCCCUCUACGUGGACCGCAUGGUGCUGCUGGUUAUGGGCAACAUUAUCAACUGGUCGCUAGCUGCCUAUGGGCUCAUCAUGCGCCCCAAUGAUUUCGCCUCCUACUUGUUGGCCAUUGGCAUCUGCAACCUGCUUCUCUACUUUGCCUUCUACAUCAUUAUGAAGCUCCGCAGCGGGGAACGGAUCAAGCUCAUUCCCCUGCUCUGCAUUGUCUGCACCUCCGUGGUGUGGGGCUUCGCACUCUUCUUCUUCUUCCAGGGACUCAGCACCUGGCAGAAAACCCCCGCCGAGUCACGGGAACACAACCGCGACUGCAUCCUCCUGGACUUCUUUGACGACCACGAUAUCUGGCACUUCCUGUCCUCCAUUGCCAUGUUUGGGUCAUUCCUGGUGUUGCUGACGCUGGACGACGACCUGGACACCGUGCAGCGGGACAAGAUCUACGUGUUCUAGCAGGAGCUAGGCCCCUUGCUUUACUCAUGGGGCCCCAAGGCCUCCUGCCACCCUGCCUGGAGCCUCCGUAGCUCUGGGGGUGUGAGUCCCCAGCCUGCGGCCCACGGUGGGUAGCAGCAGGACAGCGAGGUCUAGGCCAAGCCUGGCCUGGGACAGUCAUGGCGGGGGCCUUGAGCCUUGAAGCUGCUCUCUGCUGGGGAGGAGGCCUGCUCCCCCCACACCCCAGAUGUUGGCCAAUUGCUGCUGCUUCUCAGUGUUGAGGGCCUCUCACGGGCCCUGCUGUUGGCUCUCCAGUUGUCCCUCUGCAGGACGAAGGAGCGAAGUGUUGCCCUGCCCAUCUCACUGCCUUGCACUCUGUCCGUCCUUCCCCUCCCCGGAGCCUGCACCCCAAGCCCUUUCUUCUUCCCGAGCUCCAGUCCAGGCCUGGUUGGGCCUGAUUCUCCGUCCUGUACCAGGGCCCCACUGCUCUUUGGGGCUGUACGCGACUGCCAUCACUGCCCAUUCCAGUCAGGAUGAAAUGCGGGUGUAGGAUUGUGGAGGCUGGCCGGCUGGGGCCAGGCUUUUGGUGCUAAGGCCUAAGAGGGGCUUCAGGCAGUGGUGCCUCCUCCCUCUGACCUGUGCUUGGUACCGGCUCUGUAGUCAAAGGGUCAGCCUGCAUGUGAGGGUCGCCUUGAUCUGAGGGGCUGAAUUCAGAGGUCAACUUCCUAUCCCGUCAGCCCCCGGACUGAUGUGGGCACCACGAUUGGAAGGAAAGAUCGAUUUGCCCCUUUCCUUUUCUUUCCGGCCCUCGGCCCUGCCAAGCCCCAGCUGGGGGCCUCUCAGUGCCAUCGACGCUGUCCAAGAAUGUCCAGGGGUGAAGGAGGGGGCCCCAAGGCGCCCGGCUCCUCCUGCCUCCUCACAGCCGUGGGAGCCCCAGUGCCUAUCUUAGAAGGAGGCUCAGGAAGGGACACGCUCUGCCCCCGCUGUCCCCGGACCAGCCUCACUCUAGGACGCAGGGCUGGCUUCUGUGUUUCUGUCCGUCUUCGGCCAAGUUCUGUGUUAAUCACACACACACGUAUAUACGUAGGAGACUUUGGCCCGCUCUGGCCCUUGGGUCCCCAUCACCCUACCUGGUCCGGUCCAGAUGCCAAGAUGGGGGAGUUCAGGUCGGGCUCCGGCUCGGGGACGGGUGUGUGUUUUGUUCUGCCCAACUUGUUUUUAUAGCUCUCCCUGGGGCCGCGGGGAGGAGGGGAUCUGGAUCUUUUUUCAGAACUCCGUUUAAUGUCUGUCUCCAUGCUAUGGUUGCAUUUCUGUUUUCUAUGAAUGAGUCUGCAUUCGAUUAAAGAAACAACCAGACGCAGUA